AUGUCAAAGAUCCCAGACCCAAACCCAAUCACCCUCCCAGCUCCCUUCUCCACAAUCCCCCGAACCCCACUCCUCCUAGGCCCAUCCCCAAUCCACCCCCUCCCCCGCAUAACCGCCGAUCUCUCCAAAAACAGCCCUCACCCGGUAACCAUCUACGCAAAGCGCGACGACCUAAACUCCGCCUACGCCUACGGCGGCAACAAAACCCGCAAACUCGAGUACCUCCUCGCCGACGCCCAAGCGCAAGGCUGCACAACCCUCGUCUCCAUCGGCGGCGUGCAAAGCAACCACACGCGCCAAGUCGCCGCCGUCGCCGCACGCUCCGGUCUAAAAGCGCGUCUUGUUCAAGAACAUUGGGUCGAAUGGACAGACCCCGGCUAUGAAAGUACCGGCAACAUCCAGCUCUCCCGUCUGAUGGGCGCGGACGUCCGUCUCGACCCGUCCGGCUUCGGGAUCGAGCAUAAGAAUACCGUUCAAGCUGUUGUUGAGGAGACGAAGGUCGCCGGCGAAAAGCCGUACUAUAUCCCUGCUGGAGCGUCGGAUCAUCCGCUUGGCGGGAUGGGGUUUGCGCGGUGGGCGUUUGAGGUUCGGGAGCAGGAGAAGGAGAUGGGUGUUUUCUUUGAUACUGUUGUUGUUUGUGCUGUUACGGGAUCGACGUUUGCGGGGAUGAUUGCUGGGUUUAAGUUGUUGGAGAAGUUGUAUCCUGGGGAUGGGAAGAGGAGGGUUAUUGGGAUUGAUGCUUCUGCGACUGUUGAGGCGACCAAGGCACAGAUUUUGCGCAUUGCGAAGAAUACGGCUGCUAGGAUUGGACUUUCUGAGGAUGAUAUUACGGAGAAGGAUGUGGAGCUUGAUGAGAGGUAUCAUGGGGGUGUUUAUGGUAUUCCGGAUCGGAGGACUUGGGAUGCGAUUGAGUAUGCGGCGAAGAUGGAGGCUUUUAUUACGGAUCCGGUUUAUGAAGGGAAGAGCUUUGCGGGGAUGAUGGAUAUGAUUCGUCAGGGGGAGAUUAAGGGUGGGAAUGUUCUGUAUGCGCAUCUUGGUGGGCAGUUGGCUUUGAAUGCUUACUCCGAGCUUGGUCGGACUAAUGAAUAG